UUCAUGCAAGUGAAUGAUAUGAUAUGAUAGGCUUCAACUGAGAGAGAGAGAGAGAGAGAGAGAGAGAGAGAGAGAGAGAGAGAGAGAGAGAGAACAGUAAGAGUCUUGUUUGCCUGUCGGGCUGUCUCUCUGAAGGAAGAAAACCCUCCCCUCAAAAUCACAACCCUGAAGAUCUUCGUUUCAUCUACACAUCAUCUAUCUGAAAGUUCCAUCUCUUUUUUUUUUGUAAGAGAAAGGGGGGAAAAACAUGAUGGGAGUAAGUGGAAAUGGAAGUGGAAGAUCUGAGAGGCCUCCAUUCACACCGAUACAGUGGCAAGAGUUAGAACAUCAGGCCCUAGUUUACAAGUACAUGGUUUCUGGUGUUCCUGUCCCGCCUGAACUCGUCUUCUCCAUCAGAAGAAGCUUGGAUUCUUCCUUCGCCGCUCGUCUCCUUCCUCACCAACCCUUUGGAUGGGGAUGUUUCCAGAUGGGUUUUGGGAGAAAACCAGACCCAGAGCCAGGAAGGUGCAGAAGAACAGAUGGCAAGAAAUGGAGAUGCUCGAGAGAAGCAUACCCAGAUUCCAAGUACUGUGAAAAACACAUGCACAGAGGAAGAAACCGCGCAAGAAAAUCUCUGGAAAGCCCGACGGCACUCUCGUUCACCAACAGCAGCAGCAACAAAUCUUUCCCAAGUCCCAACUUGUCUUCUUCCUCUUCCUCUUCCGUGGAUGGUUACAGCAACAGCAGCAGUAUCAUCACUGCUGCUCACCAGACAAGUCCUAGGUUUAGCAGCAACAGCAGUAGUAGCAAUAACAGUAACAGUAGCAGGGGCUACUUGAGCUAUUCUCUCAGCUAUCCUUAUCCAUCUCCUUCUUCAUCAUCAUCUAAACCAAGUGAUUCUGGUUUGUCACUUCAGAACAGUAGCUCUCAUUUGAAUGUCUUGGCCUCUGGUGCUUGUCCCCAGUCCGACAAAGAUUUCAGGUACUUGCAUGGAACGCUGGAGGGAGUUGGUGAGAGAACAUUCUUUCCAGAAGCUUCUAGAAGCUUCCAAGAAUCUGCCUACCACCAACCGCUGACAGCGAUGAGCAGUCCGUAUCAUCAACGGGAACACUGUUUUGUGUUGGGCACAGACAUGUUCCACAAACCCCCAGUAGCUGUCACAAAGGCAUCUGAACAACAGGAACAAGAUCAAGAACAGGAACCCAAGAAGCCUCUCCACCAUUUCUUUGGAGACGACUGGCUCGAUCUUUCCUCCAACCCAGAGCGGUACAAACCCUAAUCUGAAGAAAAAUUAAUCAUUUGUGUCUUCUAUGUUUUAUCUUGUGAAAUGGUAAAAGAACAUCAAACGAUGACGUCAUCUGUAACACACGAAAGAGAAGUUCGAAAUGUUCGCUAGUGUCAAAGUUCAUCUCUUUCUUUUUAUGGGGACAUCCAGAGAAAACACUGUCGCAGAAAAGCUCUCUCUCUCUCUCUCUCUCUCUCUCUGUGACAGUCAUUGUCGUGUAAGAAGAUGUGUUUCUUGCAGGGGAAAGUAAAACAUGACAAGAGAUUUGCAUAUUCGGAAUCAAAGCAUUUUUGGUUUGGACA